AUGCAGGCCUCGGGGGGGACGGCGCCGAGGGCGGAGGCGAUCUUGGAGUGGCUCCAGAAGGAGAUGGCGUACCCGGGGCCGCUCCCUCCGCCGGAGCUGAUUCACAAGGUGUGCCGCGGAAACAUGGUCCCGGUAUGGAGUUUCCUGCUGCAGAGGGUCAGAUCGGAGCGGACGGUGGGGACAUUGCGGCGGAACAUACUGGUGCACGGUGUGUCGCCGGCGGCGGCGGCGGACGCGGCGGCUGGCGGGAGGAGGAGAGAGAGGGAAAGGGGCAAGUCGGGCCUGGAGGAGAGGGAGGCUGCGCUUCGGGAGAGGGACCUUGCCGAGGAGGAGGCGGCCAGGCUGAGGGGUGUGGUUAGACGGCAGAGGAAGGAGUUGAGAGCUAGAAUGGCCGAGAUCGCGCGAGAGGAGACCGAGCGGAAGAGGAUGCUUGACGGGAGGUCGAGUGCUAGGUAACUUUAUUGAAGGAAACGGUUAAAGGAAUUGCCUUUCCAUCUUUUUUUUCCUGCGACUUAUUAACGAUUUCUUUGGUCGUGGGGCGGAUCAACAAAUCACUAUCUUGAACGUCACUGGUGCUUUCACAUUUUAUACCUAAAAAUGUGCAGUAAUCCAAGGGGAAAAGUUCCUCUAUAACUUCUCUAGCGAGCCUGCAAUGGGAAAGCUGUUUCCAUUGAACCUUAACUUUUUAACGCUGAUUAAGCGUGAUAUAAUUCUGAGCCUUAACUUUGCAGUGUUCUCUUUUACCGGAAGAGGCCGAUCUUUAAACCAUUCCUGGGUUAUAAACCUGUUAUUUCUCCUUAUUCGGGCACAUUUUCCCAGAGCAUCAUCGAUAUCAGACUUUGUUCUGUAUUUUGCUCCUCGUGACCCAUAAUAUCCAUCUUUGAUCCCUAAUCUCCUUGCGCACUUACAUUUCAGAUGUCGCCCAUCACCUAUUUUCCUUCUCAGUAGUCGGAUUUCUAAGUUUUAGCUACAUUAUUGUUGGCGACGAUUAAUAUUUACUUCAUUUUAUUCAUCUCUUUUUCUUGUCUACAUGUUACCGUACCAUGCUAGCCGCAUAUUACAAGCUAUCUCACUAUCAUAGUGUUAAAUGGAUCCAAGCCUCCAAAAUUUAAUCUAUGAUUGGAGGUUCCGUUGUUAUGGCCUGUAAAAUUCCCUAGUUAGUGCUGCAUUUUGGAAGGUUGUUUGUGUUGAAAGCUACAUAGCCUAGCCUGAGACUACUUUUUAUCAUAUUUUAAUGAUUAGAUGACGCGCCCAUGAGUUUGUUUGUAAUGCCGAUUUUUCAAAAUAUUUCCUUGUACACUAGGGAUAACGAUUGUAAAGGACACACAAAGGAUUAUUAUUAGGCCACAUUGAUGUUGUUUUUCCUCAAGAAGCACAGGUUGUGUUUCUUCACUGAAUUUGGAUUCAUCUUAUUUUGCCUAGAAUGCCAUUGUGGCGCUAAAAGUGAUGCGAAUUCUUAGUGUUUUCUUAAUAUUUUUAUGUAAAUAAUAGUUUAUAACUACUUGACAAAACAUGUUGGUGACAUUUUCUGAUUUGGCUUUGAAUGAUAUUAGAAAAACCUGUGGGUGUAUUUAUGUCUGUUCAUUCUCCUUCCUCAUUCUAUACUCCUGAUCUCAGGAUUCAUAGGCUCAAUUCUCACCACGGGCUAUCUGCAUUUUUGAAAACCAACUCUGCCUAGUCCUUUAAUCACAUUGCACAGAAAAAGUAUUUAUUUAUUUACCAGGAAAUAUUGUUUCUAUUGUCAUUAAGUAAAUACCAUGGUAAGAUGUAUACAGAUAAAUUUAAAUUGCAACUGAAGAUGUGUAAAUUUAUUGAGUAAAAGCCGUGGUAUGGUGUCUGUGGACACAUCUAAGUGCAAAAAAAACUAUGUAAUGCUUUUUUCCUUUGCAGUUGUGUGCAUGUAAUUGGGUUACUUGUUUCUCUUUUAGUUUCAGUUAUGUAUUAUGAUAAUUUCUUUUUUUUAUUGAUCAUUGUGUUCGGUUGCUGGGCGGUCUGUUUUGAUUUACCAUAUUAUUUUCUCAUCUAUGAGGAACACUGAACAUCGAUCUUUAUUUUUAUAAUAGAUGCAAUGUCUUUGUGUGUAAAAGCUUUUCAUACUGAGAAGAACAUGAGUCUCUUGAACAGUAUUGGGACAACGUUUCAAAAAUUCUUUCAUAUCAUUGCUGCAAAGGUGGCUUUAUGAUAUUUUUUUUGAAUUCCCUUUAUUAUAUUUAGCGCUAACUAUAUUGCUUUACAUUUGUUUAUGUCAGACACAAACAGGUGAUGCUGGAGGCCUACAAUCAACAAUGUGAUGAAGCAUCCAGGAUAUUUGCUGAGUAUCAGAAACGUCUUCAAUCUUAUGUUGAUCAAGCAAGUGAUGUUAGAUCCUCUGCUGCAAGUGGUGCUGAAAAUGGCGGUGAUCUAACUGUGCAAGCAGAAAAUGAAGCAUUUUACUCAACAGUUAAAGGAAACAGGUCAUCUGACGAUGUUAUUCUCGUGGAAACCACCUGGGAAAGGAAUAUCAGAAAAGCAUGUGAAACUCUUGCAGCACAAAUGAUUGAAAAAAUAUGCAGAACUUUCCCAGCUUAUGAAGGGACUGGAAUUCAUUUGAACGCUCAAAUAGAUGCGUCCAAACUGGGAAUUGAUUUAGAUGGGGAAAUACCUGACGAUGUGAAGGCCAUAGCAAUUGAUUCUUUGAAAAAUCCUUCCCUGCUUCUUCGAGCUGUAACUCUCUAUACUUCGCAGGUUAACAGUCUGAUUCAGAGAGAAACAGAAAAAGUUGAUGUUAAAGCUGAUGCGGAAUUCCUGAGGUCUUUGUCAUUUUAUUAAUGCUGCUUUCUAUUGUUUGGUCAGCUUGAAAGGAGUUACAGUUUAAUUACAAAUAUUGAUUGCCACUACAAUUUAUUGACAUGUCUGACAUUCAGCUCCUAUGACUCUACAGCUAAAGCUGUAUUUUAAUGCCUUAUGUUUCAUCUGUUGGACAAUACUAUAAUGCACUCUUUUUCCUUCACAGAUUUAAAUAUGAGAAUGAUAGAAUAGUGGAUGUCGCUUCGCUUGAUGCAAGCUCGCAUUUAGAAUACCAAGUGUAUGCAAAUGGAAAAUCGGAGUCAGACUUCUCUUCAAAAGGAAUUUGGAGUCAACUUCUGGAAAGAGAGGUAUGCCAAAAAUUGUAAGAUGCCUUUUAAUUUACAGAUAUAUUCUCGUCUUUUUCUCUACAGGGUAUUUUUCUCCAAAGACCUGUCAGUUGAAUGCUAUGUUCUAGAAACACAGUUUCACUCAUUAACCUUAAAUGUUUUGUGAAUAUCUGAAGAAACCUGAUAUUGUUGACUUGCUAGUCAUAUUUAUAAAAAAAUCAUCUACCUAAAAAUGCUUAUACAAGAAGAAAUUGUGGUAAAUGUCUACUAGCCUUCUUGCUGUUUUUUACCUUCUGUUGUUUUUCCUUAUUGUCAUCUGUUAGAGCAUUUUUUUUUCUGCAUUUAUACUAGGAAAAGCUUUGCAUCUUUGCGAUUUUGUGCACUCACUUUCCCAUCUUCAUAGAGAGUUUGCUUUGCUUUUAUAAAGACAUUGCACUUCUUUCUUACCAAAUUUCUGUUCGUUUAUUCUUUAUGAGAUUUUCGCAUUGUUGAUAUUUUAAGCUACUUUCCCUUCACAGAAAGAGCAUGUCCAACAGUUUGUGGCUACUGAAGAUGCCCUGAAUAGAGCUGCAGAAGCUAAAGCCUUAAGUCAUAAGCUUAUUAAACGUCUGCACGGCAACAAUGACAUGGCUGCACCACCAGCAAUCACUGCUGGAGCUAUCUCUCAGAAUAUUGGAAAUAACAGACAUUUUGAGGUACCUUGUCUGGGCGUCCUCCUAUGUUCGUAAAAUCAUUAUUGGGAUGGCACAAGGCAUUUAGAUUGUUCCUUUUUAGGCAGACAAUUACGAUUUAAGACACAUGGUGUUGUUGUCAUUUUUUUUUUUUUGAAGUUUCUGCAUGUAUUUGGGGGUGCCUGUAUUCAAAUUUGUUAACCAGCAGAAUUCGUUGUUUUUUCCACUAUGCAGUUGGACGUCCUGGCCAAAGAAAGGGAAGCUGCUGGGUUAAGAGCAAGCUUAAAUACCUUGAUAUCUGAGGUCCAGCGCCUAAAUAAAUUGUGUAAGGAGUGCAGAGAAGCAGAAGAUACCUUGAAAAAGAAGUGGAAAAAGAUUGAAGAGUUUGAUGCGCGUAGAUCUGAACUGGAGGCUAUUUACACGGCUCUUCUUCAAGCAAACUUGGUAGCCAUGAGUUAAUUUAUUCAGAAUCAUAGUACAUUGGAGAAUUAAUAUCACUGUUUUUGUAUUUGAUGCCAUAGAUAUGGAUGCCAAUUCUGUUCCUGAUUGUUACUGUAUUACAUAUUGUUUUGGAUCGUAUGAAUAUUUAUUGUGGCAUUAGUGUGUCUCUUGCGUACGUCUUUUAUAUUUGGCAUAUUCGAAAAUCUUCUUUGUAUUUAAUGGAAAAUGUUGCGUCGAUACAAUUUGUCACUGAAAACACUAGUGUAACACGGGAUGACUUUUAGGCACGCAUUGUUGGAAUUUGCAUUAACCAGUAGGUUCCUCAAAACAAGUUUUCGGUUAAACUCCGUAGAAUCUCUACUUAUUUAAAGCUGAACAUAUUGCAAAGUCUGGUGACAACUUUUUGCUCAGCAAAAGCAUUUCCAUUUUAGUAAACAUUCCACGAAUACUCCUCCGGAUCUUACAUGAUAUCCAAAGGAAUGCAGGGGAACAACACGGGGGGCAGGUAUCUUGCUCUAAUUUUUUUAGCUAGUUUGUUGGGCUUCACGUUCGUAGUAGCCCUAGUUAUGUUCUACCGUCACCUGUUUGGAGAUCUUUAUAAAGUAUAACUAGUAAAACAUGUAUGAACCGGUCGUACCCAUGCUUGGUGUGCCAGUCUUGCAAAUGAUUGGCUGUCCUCUUAGAGAAUGGAAUACAUUGGAUUUUCGACCUGCCAACACUGGCUGAUGACUUCUACCAGUCGUGCAAUCUUGGAUGACCAGCAAUGGUCGAUGCCCUCGUGGUCAUUUAAUUUUUCUUGCAAUCUACUUGUUGCUUUAGUUAGAUCGACUUCUCCCUCUGCAUUUGUGGCCUGAUGCUUUAGUUCAAUUGAUUUCUGCCACUGCUUAAUACUCUUGUUAGCAAAGGUCUCUUACUAAUCAUGCCGGGUUUAUUGGGUCUCGCUGUGCAGAAUGCAUCAGCUUUCUGGGGCCAGCAGCCAUUAGCUGCUCGGGAAUACGCGUUAAAGACUAUCAUUCCAGCAUGUGAUGCUGUGGAAGUUAUCUCAAUCUGUGCAAAAGACCUAAUCGAGAAAGAAGUGUCCGCCUUCUACCAAGGUCUAGACAAUAGUCCCUAUAUGUUGCCAUCAACUCCGCAGGUUUGUAAAAGAAACGUUUUUCUCCAACUAUUUCAGGUCUUGAGGGGCAUGAAAUUUAUUGUUUGAUUCUUCUAGCUGAAGCCAUAUGAUUUGGGAUGGAGACUGAUACAUAUGUUAGCUUUUCUGUAUCCAUUAGUGAUAAUGACAGGCCUUUUGCAAAUGUUUUAACGUUCUGUUGCUUCUAUACGUUAGAUAAACCUACAUAUGACAGUUGAUAAUUUGGAAUCAAGCAGGCCCUUCUCGAAUCAAUGGGUGCUAAAGGAUCUACCGGACCCGAAGCAGUUGCAGCUGCGGAAAAAAAUGCUUCUUUGUUAAUCACAAGAGCCGGGGCUGGAGAUCCUUCAGCAAUUCCAUCUAUUUGCCGUAUUUCUGCUGCACUCCAAUCCCAUGCUGGUAAUUUUUAUGAUCUACUUUGUGCUCAACAUCGUGGUAGUACCUUCUAUGGUCAUCAUGGCGGAUCUUUACUCGGAAUCUGGCUGCUUUGAUUCGGCGGCGUUUGGUGCUAUUCUUCUAUUGAUUCGGCGAAUGAAAGAGCUCCCUCAGUAUUAACUAGUUAUCGUCUCUUGUUGAAGGGUUUGAAAGCCCAGACACUGCAUUUGCGUCAGUGCUAGACGCACUACAGUUUUGUCUGAAGCUGCGGGGUUCCGAGGCCUGUAUUCUGGAAGAUCUGUACAAGAUUAUAAACCUAGUCCACACUCGUCGGGAGCUUGUUGAGAACGACCGUCUUUUGUUAAAUCAUGCAUAUCGUGUCCAGCAGGGAUAUGAGAGGUAGCUUAAUUUCUCUACUUUCUGUGAUUUAAUUCUAGUAAGGAUAUGUGGCUCUCCGGCUGACUUGUGGUGUGAGAUCUUUGAAAACUUGUUUCGCAGGAAAACUGAUUACUGCUUGAGCCUGGCUGCGGAACAGGAGAGCAUCAUAGUGCAGAGGUGGUUGCCAGAACUCACCGAUGCAGUUUUGAAAGCCCAAAAGUGUUUGGAAGAUUGCCAAAGUAUUAGAGGCUUGGUAAGCAUCUACUCUCGUAUAAACCCUGAAAUGUUUCGGCAUUUGGUUAAAAAUAGAACGGUCGCUACCACUCUCGAAAAGAUUGCAACUGGUUCUUGAGCUUCUCUGAUUUGUUUGUUGACAACUGAACCGGGAAAAUCUUGACCCUUGAUUGCUUGUUUCAUAUAAUCACAUAUUCUAUAACCCAAUAUGGGACGACGUCGCAGGUUGAUGAGUGGUGGGAGCAGCCGGCUGCGACAGUCGUUGAUUGGGUGUUGGUCGAUGGGCAAAACGUGGCCGCCUGGCUCAACCAUGUGAAGCAGCUUCAGAUGGCGUUCUACGACCAAGAGCUGUUGUGA